AACAGUAUCCAAGUCUCGGCUGCCCACUUGUGCGUGCUACGCAUGUAAGCGCCCCUAAAAUUUUUCCCGAGGGUAACUCUGCUGCUGGAAAAUGUAGCAUUUCCUGCAUGAAACUUGUUACCUUCUGCUGAUUUAGAUUGGUGUGGGUUUUCCAGGAAAACGGGACACAGUGACUGAAUCUGGAAAUAGUAGGAAGAAAAAUCACCGCACUGUUCGAGAUGAGCUGCCAGUUUGUUAAGUUUAUGGGCCAACAUUUCUCUCAAAUGUUGACUUUUCCAAUGAAUUUUAUGAUGAAUUUUGAACAACUGGCUGAAGUUAUCACUUUAGAGGGUCCAAGUGGCAACCAGUGGCCAGUCAGAUUUUCAUACAUAGGAGACCAUAUAUAUCUUAAUGAGGGCUGGAAGGAAUUUGUUGAAGCAAAUUAUGUUGAAGAAGGUGACUGCUUGGCUUUUGAAUAUUGUGGGAGUUCAUGUUUUAGUGUUCUAAUAUUUGACCCAAGUGGUUGUGAGAGAGAAGCAUCGUACUUUGCUAGAAUCAUGAAUCCUAUCCCUGCAAAGGGAUGCCAGGCAGAGGAAAAACGUGACAACCAGGUCCCUGAUGUUCCGAGAUUUUCUUCGCCAAGAUUACCUUGUGUUGAUAAUUCACCCAUGCAAUUGGUUUCAAAUUAUGAAAAAAGUUCUGCAUUUAACGUAAAAUUUGAUGGCAGAAGGUUUGGUAUGAGAUCCUCUGCACCCAAUGACGAAAAUAAUUAUGAGCAUGCUAUUCAGUCCAAAAUGGUAGAAGAGCGUUCAGCUAUGUGAAGUUCUGUUAACAUGCAAAAAGAACAAACAGCAGUAAUAAAGUUGAAAGCAAAACUGAAAUACUUCCGCAGCACAAAGGCCAUUUGUGCAAAAACUCCUUAGUUCACCAAGUUCUUACUGCCUUCUCAUUUGAGUGGGACCAGUGCUUUUAUGAUUUAUAUUUUGCAGAUAUUUCCUAGUGAUUUUGCAGUUAAACACCUUCGUCUUAGACCACAGAAAAUAUUUCUACGGCAUCAGGAUAAAAUGUGGUCUGUGAAAUAUAAAUUUGAAGUAGCUUCUAAUGGAGGUUCCUUGACUGGACUUUCUGGUAAGGGAUGGCGGAGGUUUGUGGAAGAUAACGCGCUGUGCGAAGGAGAUGGAUGCAUAUUUGUGCUCUCAGAAUCUGAAAAGGAAAUGGUCUUGGAUGUUCAUAUAGUGCGUGUUGAUGAUUGAGUUUUUAUGUUCUAAUUUAUUUGAGAAAAGUAACACAUUGUGAUUAUUUCAUUUUUCUCAAUACGAGUUUUUUUGGACUUUCGCAUUGCAGUAUGGAGGUUAUGAACUGUUUUUUUGCGUUGGACCAAGAAGUAAUGC